AUGGCCACCGUCGCCGCCGAAGACGUGGCGCGGAAACGCCGCCGAUCCCGCGAGCCCGACUGGAAUACCUUCUACCGCAACGGUCUCCCCAAGGAGAUCAUCGUCAUCCACGACACGCCCGAGCCCGAGGCCAACACGAGCCGGAAACUGACCAACGGCGCGACCCACGGGCUGACAAACGGCAGCACCGCCCUGCCGCCGAGCCGCGACCUGCAUUCCCAGCAGCCGGUGAAGAGGCGGAGACGGGACGAUGGCACAUCGUCCAGCCAUCACCUCCCCGGUCUCGCCUCACGCCCCAACGACUCGCCUCAGCAUCUGCUCCCGAGCACGACGCCCGUCGGCUCCGCCAUGCUAGCCGACCACGCCCACUCCGCCCUGCACGCCAACGGCCCGACGUCGUCGUCGUCGGCGAGCCAUUACGACCACGUUCAGGCAUCGCUCAAGCGGAAGAGGACCCGGCAGCAGGUUGCCAACGAAGCCAAGCGAAGGGACCUCGACGGCCUCGGCGACCAGUUCUUCGCCUACCGUCCGCCGCCCUUUCCGCCCAAGAAAGCAUCCGAGGUCCACGUCCGAGUCGUCCACGACCGCCUUCACGACAAGAACCACAAGGUCGACGACGACGACGGCCACUACAUCGUCGUGCCCGAUGCCAAUCUUACCGAGAAAUACCAAAUCACGAAACUCCUCGGCCAAGGCACCUUCGGCAAGGUCGUCCAGGCGCGCGACCGAAAGCUCAACAAAUCCGUCGCCGUCAAGAUCAUCCGGUCCGUGCAAAAGUACCGCGAUGCCUCGAGGAUCGAGCUGCGCGUCCUCGCCACCCUCGAAGCCAACGACGAUGACAAGCGGAACCGAUGCAUCCAUCUGCGAGACUGCUUCGACUACCGCGGCCACAUCUGCAUCGUCAUGGACCUCCUCGGCCAGAGCGUCUUUGAUUUCUUAAAGGGAAACGGCUUCGUGCCCUUCCCCAACAGCCACAUCCAGAGCCUCGCUCGACAGCUGUUCGUCAGCGUUGCUUUCCUGCACGACCUCAACCUGAUCCACACGGACCUGAAGCCCGAGAACAUCCUGCUCUGCGACAACACCUAUCAAACCUUCACCUACAACCGCAAAAUCCCCUCCUCCUCGACGGCCGUAAACCGCCAGGCCACCCAGCGUCGCGUCCUCCUCGACACCGAAAUUCGACUCAUCGACUUUGGCUCCGCCACCUUCCAGGACGAGUACCACAGCUCCGUCGUCUCCACGCGCCACUACCGCGCCCCCGAGAUCAUCCUGGGCAUCGGCUGGUCCUUUCCCUGCGACAUCUGGAGCAUCGGCUGCAUCCUCGUCGAGUUCUUCACCGGCGAUGCCUUGUUCCAGACCCACGACAACCUCGAACACCUCGCCAUGAUGGAGGCCGUCGUCGGUCGUCGUAUUGACCCUCAUCUGGUCCAGACGGUGAACAAAAUGUCCACCCGCAGUGGCGGGAACCCGGCGUCAAAAUACUUCAAGCGCCUGAAACUGGACUACCCUGCGACGGAAACCACUCGUGGUUCCCGGAGAUUCGUCAAGGCCAUGAAGAAGCUUCGUGAUAUAUUCCCAUCCACCACAUAUUUUCAUAACUUGCUCGACUUGCUCAACAAAAUCUUCAUCUUCGACCCCGCCAAGCGCAUCACCGCCAGGGAAGCCCUGAAUCACGCCUGGUUUAAGGAGAUGGCCGGUCCCGACGACGGGACCGAAGCGGCCAGGAUCCGCCUCGAGAGACAACGGGUCGAGCGGGAGCAUCCGAGGCAAGCGCCGUUCGUCGGCUGA